GCGGCGGCGGCGGCGAUGGACACCCUAGAAGAAGAGAGCUUCGCGCUGUUCUUCUCUUCCGCCUCUGAUGCAGAAUUUGAUGCUGUGGUUGGAUAUUUAGAGGACAUUAUCAUGGAUGAUGAGUUCCAGUUAUUACAGAGGAAUUUCAUGGACAAGUACUACCAGGAGUUUGAAGACACGGAAGAGAAUAAGCUUACCUACACACCUAUUUUUAAUGAAUAUAUUUCUUUGGGAGAAAAGUAUAUAGAAGAACAGCUGUUGGAGCGGAUUCCUGGAUUUAACAUGGCGGCUUUCACUACAACUUUACAGCACCAUAAAGAUGAAGUGGCCGGUGACAUUUUUGACAUGCUACUCACAUUUACGGAUUUUCUGGCUUUUAAAGAUAUGUUUCUGGACUACCGAGCAGAAAAAGAAGGCCGGGGACUGGACUUGAGCAGUGGUUUAGUGGUGACGUCACUGUGCAAAUCAUCUUCUGUGCCAGCCUCCCAGAACAAUCUUCGGCCCUAGGUCUCACCUUCAGGCUCCGGGCUCUUCCUGGACAUCACCAGCUCAAUAGACUGGGAGGGGCUUUGGCUAAUGAUGUCAGAAGAACACAUCUUGGAAAGACUGACUCUUCUGCAACUCUUCAUUAAUGUUAAGUAUUGAUGGGUCAGAAGACAAUUACCUGACCUUUCUGGGACGAGACAUUCUUGGUUUUGGUAACCCUAGUACUCCUCCCCGAGUAGACCCCUCUCUCAGGCUUCGGAGACUGGCUCCUGCAGCAAACCUGAGUCCAGCAUUCUACCUGGGAUGCCUGUCCCCAGCAUUCAUGUCAGGGUGUCCGUGUUGGGAAAAUUUACCAUCAUCAACUCUUUUGGCUCAGC